AUGAGUACUCCAGCAUAUUACGAACUUUAUCGUAGAUCCACUAUUGGGAUCGCAUUGACAGAUGCUUUGGACACAUUGAUAUCGGAUCAGAAGAUCCAGCCUCAGCUUGCCAUGACUAUAUUGAAUAACUUCGACCGUAUAAUCUCGGACAACUUGAAAUCGGAGGCAGGCACUGCCAAGAGUAGAUUAACGUUCAAGGGAGAUUUGAACACCUACCGGUUCUGUGAUGAUGUCUGGACCUUCAUCAUUAAGAACGUUAUGAUCAAGAUGAGUGAUGUCAGCGCUGGCGAAGGAACAAGCUCUUCGAGUACUGUUGAAAGUGAAGUUACGGUGGAUAAGUUCAAGAUUGUUGCUUGUAACGCUAGAAGAGCGGCUGACAUGUAA